GAGGAGGUGCGGUGUGGAGCAGAUUAGGAAGAAGAGGAGAGCGCUGUUGUUCCGUCACAACUCGGCUCUGUCUAGCCCAGUCAGUGUAGGUUAUUCGUCGAAAACGGGAGCGCCGGGCUGCAUUCCACAGAAGUUGCUGCCCCAUCACUCCUGACAGCAAACUUUGGGAUUGUUUGAUUUUAUGAGAGGAGAAAAGCGAGAGAUAAGAAGGUGAAACAGCGAGGGAAUGGAGAAGCACAAAGUGCUGGACCAGCUCCUGACAGAGCUCCACCGCUUCCUGCUCAUCCUGGACAAGGAGACCCUGAGUGGGAAUGCCACCAUCCAAAAGGGCUUGCUCUCUGAUCUCCUCCAAUCCUACAGAACUUCAAAUGGUGCUGACGAGGAGUACAUCUACAUGAACAAAGUCAUUGUUACUGGGAAGGACAAAGGCGACAAAGAUGACAGAUCAGAUGCCCUGGUCAAUGGAAAAGCAGCAAAAUAUGUCCCUGUCCCACAGAAGAGCCUUCCUGACCUGCCGCCCCCCAGAACAGGUGUGGUGGGUCGGGAACCAUUUCCCUUACCUGCCAUUCCAGCUCCAGCCUGUAUAGACACUUCGGAGAGCUACUAUGAGGAGGCUCAGCCCUAUGAGGAGACUGUCAAUGAUCUGGACUGUUUUGGCCUCCUCUCAGGGCCCUGGAUGCGAGUGCAGAGCUCUGACAGUGUGGUGUAUGCCGUUAUCACCAGGGAUGACGGAGAGGCAGUUAGCAGUUCCUAUGAGUCCUAUGAUGAGGAGGAAGUGACUAGAGGAAAGUCACCGUCAGCGCAGCACCAGUGGCCAUCGGCGGAGGCAUCCAUCGAGCUGAUGAAGGAUGCUCGGAUCUGUGCCUUCCUGUGGAGGAAGAAGUGGCUUGGCCAGUGGGCUAAGCAGCUGUGUGUCAUCAAAGACCAUCGCCUGCUGUGCUAUAAGAGCUCCAAGGAGCAGACGCCCCUGCUAGAUGUGAGCCUGCUGGGCUGCAGCGUGGUCUACAAGGAGAAGCAACUGAAGAGAAAGGAGCACAAGCUGAAGAUCGUUCCAGCUGGAGGGGAGGCCAUUGUACUGGGCCUACAGAGCAAGGAGCAGACAGAGCAAUGGCUGAAGGUGAUCCAGGAGAUCAGUCCUAAGCCAGCUGAAAACUAUGACCACCAGCACUCUGGCUCUGACUCUCCCAGGCUCAUUUGUACUAAGGGGGACCUGAGUGAGAGAUACUCGGUGGCUUCAGAAAGCGGGAGCAGCACUGACAGCCACGCCGAAACUCCUGAAAACAAAGAUGUGAAGAAAAAAUGCAGUGGAGGUUUGAAGUUCAGCAACCUCAUGAACAUUGGCAAGAAAAAACCCUCCGCAUUGGAGAGCUCAGAGAAAUGUGUCGACACCUCAGGCUACCUCAAUGUGCUGGUGAACAGCCAGUGGCGAACCUGCUGGUGUCUUAUCAAGAAUGGCCAGCUGUGGUUUUACCAGGACAAGGGCAAGUACAAAGUGAGCCAGCCAGCUGUGACCCUAGGGGGCUGCAAUGUUUUGCCCGACCCCAGCCCUGAGCACCUGUACUCCUUCAGGAUCGACAUGGACGGGACACAGCUGGCGACCCUAGAGGCCAAGACGUCAGCAGACAUGGGCCACUGGCUGGGCCUCUUGCUGUCACAAACGGGGAGUAAAACCGACCCCGAAGAGCUGACGUACGAUUAUGUCAACGCUGAGAGGAUCUCCAGUAUCGUCAAUGCAGCCAAGACUUCCUUAUACUUGAUGCAGAGGGGGUAUUCAGAGCCAAACACCUACAUAGAUACCCCACCUUCCAUCCCUCUCAACUCUGAUGAACUGUAUGAUGAUGUGGCAUCUAUAGCUGAUCCAGAGGAUGCUGAAGAGAGCGGCCUGCCAGAAAGUGAGGACAACAACCUUCAACAACAUAAUGAAAUAUGUACACAGGGCACCAAGGAGCCAGUGGUUACAGAGGAGGACAUUGACAGCAGAGUUUACUUGGACCUUGUCCCUGUGCGCUCCUUCCUCCAUACAUCUGGUGGAGGAAAAGUUAUCCCUGCCAAAGAAACUUCUAGACAUUCCCCGGUUACCUUAGAGGAACAGAAGGACCCCUCAUGUCAAGUUAAAGAGGUCACUUCAGCAAACCCCUCUGAGCCAGAGCCAACACCUGUUUUAAAUGGCACCAGUUCAACAUCUGCUAUCAGCAAAGCAGAACAAGAGCGCCCCCUGACUCCUACUCCGCCACAGCCCCAAACUCAAGCACCCAAACCCUCAUCCCAAAGCCAGGAGACCCCUAAGAGGACCUUCAACCCCAAAAGCCCGAUGGUUCAGACUGCUGCUGGACUCCCUCACAGUCCUCAACCCCCGCGACCCAAGGCAUUUACCAUCGGGUGUACCGGCGCAGUUGAGGGGAAACUGGGCAAAAACCGCACAGAGGCCGACAUGCGCCGCUACACUGACGAUCGCGACCGUCUGGAGAAGGAAAGGGAGGAGGUGAGGAGCAGUCUGGCAAACCUGAAAAAGGAGAGGAGGGAGACCAAAGAGGAGCUCAGCGCCUGCCAAGAUCCCAAGCAGCAGGCCUCACUAGAAGCCCGGCUGAAGCAGAGGGAGGAGGCGUGUCGGGAAGCAGAGCGUCGCAGGGUAGAAGUGGAGCUCCAGUUGGUAGAAGUGAAGGAGAGUCUGAAGAAGGUGGAGUCAGGGCCUUUCACACUGGGAACCACACUGGACAGCAGCCUCCAGGACUCACCCAUGCCUAAAACAGCGACCCUGCCUACUCCUCAGACUUCAUUAUCAUCACCACCACCGCCAUCAUCAUCAUCAUCAUCAUCAUCAUCCCAACCCUCCAGCAGCAAUGUCAGUGCAGACACAGCCUCUCCUGUCAACUCUGCCUCCGCGCUAAAGAACAGACCUGCCUCCAUCAUGGCCACGAAAGGCAAAGUCCUGCAGAAAGCUAAAGAGUGGGAAAAGAAAUCCACCACCUAAGAGAAAAUAUGAAUGUCCUCUGACCUCCUGUGACCUUGAAGGUCAACCCAUUUCUCUCGGUCUGGUCGGCUGUCUACAACUUGUCCUGCUUUAGCAAGGAAGUGCCGGUUUAACAGCCCAGACAAUUAAAUAAAUAUCCUCCCUUCCCCGGAUCUUUCAUCCUCUGCACCUCCUUGCCAAGACUAUAUAGAGCUCAUCAGAGAGAGGCACAAGCCGUCUUCUCCAAUACCACUGGAUAAUCUUUAUAAAUCUUUAAAAGUUCCAAUGACUUUUCAAGCUAUUUUUCUCCAUUUGCUAAAGGAAGGAAAUUGACGCAGUAGCAUUUUGGCCAGUCUAAUAACUAUUCUUGAUAAUGAUGCACAAAUAGGAUGUUUCAACACUGCAAACAACCUAAAGUUUGAUACCACUGAAGAAAGAAAGACGCCCCUCUACUUAAUUGGCCACUUUGUACACUCUAGAUUGUAGCUUGGUUCAUAUAUGCUGGUAGCCAAGAUGUAAAUAUAUUUACACCAUUAUUCAGCCUUUUGGCUUGUAUUGCUAGCUAAAAAUGCACUUUUUAUUCAAAUAAAAAUGUACUGACAAC